AAGCGAAACGAAUACUUGGUGAGAAAACUUUGGCCGAAAAAUGAGCUGCGGCACAAAGACCCUGAAGGUGUCCUCCUUCAUUUUAGACUUUCUCUGUUGUGUUUUGGCGGCCCUGACUAUAGCCGCCUGUUCCUAUGCCCUGAUCGCCUUUAGUCACAGCCUUGCUAUCCGGGUGCCGUGCAUCUUGGGCAUAGUCCUGGGCUCCUUGCUCUUCUGCAGCACUAUAUUCGGCUGCAUCGCUGCCCUCAGGGAGAGUAUCCGGAUGACUUGGAUCUUUGCUGCUAUAGUCUUGGCCCUAAUCUGUGGACAAAUCACUGUGAUAUUCGCGCAGCCAAUCAAUUUCAAAUUGCUGGCCAAUGAAACGAUAUAUAACGCUUGGCAGGGACAAAUCUUUCACCAGGGAAGCAUGCCCUAUUAUGAAAUAAAAUACCAUUGCUGUGGACAGACUGGUCCAUCAAACUAUCCAGACAGCGGCUUAAAAAUUCCCCAGAGUUGCUACUUUAAUCAGAACGCGACGGUUAGCACGGACCUUUAUACAGUAGGAUGCAACCAGAAACUGGGGGAAGCCUUCAUCAAGGGCACUCGCUGGGAGCGCAUCAGCGACUGGUCCGUGGUUGGUGUGGAGAUACUUACCGUCAUUGUGGCUGGACUUCUGGCUAUAACUUUACAGAACGCAGAGCGCCGCAGACUGUACCGUUAAAAAUCUAUCUAUAGGAUAUGUAAGCAGUAUUAGAUACUGUACAAAAAUAAUUGUAAUAAGAGAAUAUGUUACUAAAUGAC